AUGGUUGAUAAAAUUGAUAUGGCUUUGGACGACAUAAUAAAAGCGGGCAAAAAAGGAAGACCGGGAGGCGGUGGCGCUGGAAGAAAAUUCGAUGUAAAACGCCCAGGAAGAGGAGGUGGAUUCCGUAACGGCCGUACAGGUGGAGUGUUACGUGGUCGAAAUCGUGGAGGAGUAUCUAAGCCAACAAAUUAUACAAGGGACAACCUAUUUCAGGGAGAUGUAAACAGCACUUGGAAACAUGACAUGUACAAUGACUUCAAUGAUAGAAAAAUGCAGAGGAGUGUGCCUUUAACAACAGGGCCGACUAAACUCCUCGUGUCCAAUCUGGACUUUGGAGUAUCAGAUUCUGACAUACAAGAGCUUUUCUCAGAGUUUGGCAUUCUUAAGAGUGCAGCAGUACAUUAUGAUAGAUCAGGAAGAUCAUUAGGCACGGCUGAUGUUCUGUUUGAAAGAAGAGCGGAUGCGUUGAAGGCUAUGAAGCAAUACAAUGGAGUACCUUUAGAUGGACGUGCAAUGAAUAUACAACUAGCCACCUCGGAAAUAUCAACCUUUAGGAAUGAAGAAAGGACAAGACCAGCGGGCGGAGGCCCCGUAAGAAGAAAUUCUAACAGAGGAGGCAGUGGUAAUCGUCCUCAAGUUGGUGGCAGAGGCCGAGGAGCACGACGAGGAGGUCGUGGAGGAAGUGGAGGACCUCGCGGCAAGAAGGCCGUACCAACAGCAGAACAAUUAGACGCUGAACUAGAUGCUUAUGUUAAAGAAAUUAAGUGA